CACUAUAGGAAAUUCACCCAUCAGAGUGACGUUUGGAGCUAUGGAGUCACUAUAUGGGAACUGAUGACCUUUGGAGGAAAACCCUACGAUGGAAUUCCAACCCGAGAAAUCCCUGAUUUAUUAGAGAAAGGAGAACGUUUGCCUCAACCUCCCAUCUGCACCAUUGACGUUUACAUGGUCAUGGUCAAGUGUUGGAUGAUUGAUGCUGACAGUAGACCUAAAUUCAAGGAACUGGCUGCUGAAUUUUCCAGGAUGGCUCGAGACCCUCAAAGAUACCUAGUUAUUCAGGUUCGUGGAUUUGACUUAUGUUUUCAAAAAUAUCCCAAUGAUAAACUCACUACAAAAUAUGAACAACAUCUAGGCUUUGGAAACCAGUUCGUAUACCGAGAUGGGGGCUUUGCUCCAGAACAAGGAGUGUCCGUGCCAUACAGAGCCACGACUAGCACAAUCCCAGAAGCUCCAGUGACUCAGGGUGCUACAGCUGAGAUUUUUGAUGACUCCUGCUGUAAUGGCACCCUGCGUAAGCCAGUGGCAUCCCAUGUCCAAGAGGACAGCAGCACCCAGAGGUACAGCGCUGACCCUACAGUGUUUGCCCCAGAACGGAGCCCACGAGGAGAGCUGGAUGAAGAAGGUUACAUGACUCCUAUGCGAGACAAACCCAAACAAGAAUACUUGAACCCUGUGGAGGAGAAUCCUUUUGUUUCUCGGAGGAAAAAUGGCGACCUUCAAGCACUGGAUAAUCCUGAAUACCACAAUGCUUCCAAUGGUCUACCCAAGGCAGAGGAUGAGUAUGUGAAUGAGCCACUGUACCUCAACACCUUUGCCAAUGCCCUGGGGAAUGCCGAAUACCUGAAGAACAACAUACUGUCUGUGCCAGACAAGGCCAAGAAAGCUUUCGACAACCCUGACUACUGGAACCACAGCCUGCCGCCUCGGAGCACCCUUCAGCACCCAGACUACCUGCAGGAGUACAGCACAAAAUAUUUUUAUAAACAGAAUGGACGAAUCCGGCCUAUUGUGGCAGAGAAUCCUGAAUACCUCUCUGAGUUCUCACUGAAGCCAGGCACAGUGCUGCCUCCCCCACCCUACAGACACCGAAACACUGUGGUGUAA